UUUUUAUGUAAUUUAUUGUAGGUUACAAUUUUUUAAUUAUGAGUUUUUUAAUUGAUUUAGUAAGGAAUUUUCUGCACAGCAUGCUGCAGUUGUUUUCGUUUGGCAAAAAUACAAUCAGUAACACACUGAACAUUUAUAUCAAGACGAACACUGGUAACACUCUGUCAGUGAAUCUAGAUCCACAAUGGGAUAUCAAGAAUGUAAAAGACUUUGUAGCCCCAAAGCUUGGGCUGCAACCAGAGGAAGUGAAAAUUAUAUUUGCUGGCAAAGAACUGGGAGAUAAUGUUACAAUUGCUGAAUGUGAUUUGGGCCAACGGAGUGUGUUACAUGCAAUUAAGAUUAAGAAAAGAAUCAAAGUCCCAAGUCAGUCAAAUAGUUUGUUGGAAGAGAAUGAGGAAGAUUCAGGAUCUAAACCAUUGUGUGAAACAUUAUCUGAUUUAACAUUUACUUCAGAUGAUGACACAUCUGGAAAUUUAAAUGAUAGUGGUAGGGAAAGUUUAAAAGUGCAUUUCUAUGUGUUUUGUGCAACUUGUAAAUCUCUGAAGUCUGGUAAACUUCGAGUGAGGUGUCACUUUUGUAAGAGUGGUGCAUUCACUGUACACUGGGAUCCACAAAGUUGGGAUGAUGUGUUGGAACCAAAGCGAAUAACUGGCUUAUGUGAAAAUAACCCACAACUAUGUUCUGAUAUUUUAGAUAAUAAGGAACCAACAUUUGCAGAAUUCUUUUUCAAAUGCUCUGAACAUGCGUCGUUAGGGGAAAGUGAUGAAGCUGUACCUUUAUAUUUGAUUAGACCUAAUUUGAGAGAUGUCCCUUGUUUAGCUUGUGCGGAUAUAUGUGAUCCGGUUUUUGUUUUUCCUUGCGCCGAACGUCACGUAACAUGCCUAGAUUGUUUCCGACAAUACUGUACAACUCGUUUAAUAGAUAGACAAUUCUGGCAGCACCCAGAACUAGGAUAUACAUUAGGAUGUCCCACUGGAUGUGCUGAUUCCUUUAUAAGCGAAAUACACCAUUUUAGAUUAUUGACUGAUCUACAGUACACCCAAUACCAAAGGUUUGCAACAGAAGAAUUCGUUUUACAAUCUGGUGGAGUAUUGUGUCCACAACCUGGCUGUGGCAUGGGGAUUUUAGCUGACGCGGACUGCACAAAAAUAACGUGUCUUAAUGGAUGCGGUUAUGUGUUUUGUAGAAUGUGCUUGCAAGGAUACCACAUUGGAGAAUGCCAGGCUGCAGAGAACGUUAAUAUCAACGGCGACUGCAGUUAUAACGUUGACCCAAUUAGGGCAGCCGAUGCUAGAUGGGAUGAAGCAUCAAAAGUGGCCAUCAAAGUCUUAACUAAGCCUUGCCCUAAAUGCAGAACACCCACAGAACGGGACGGUGGUUGUAUGCAUAUGGUUUGCACGAGAGCGGGUUGCGGUUUCCAUUGGUGUUGGGUUUGUCAGAUCCCAUGGACAACGGAAUGUAUGGCAAAUCAUUGGUUUGGCUAAAAAAAAGAAAUGUACAUUCUUUGUAAUUAAAUCAUUGUUUUUGUUCAUUUGAGUUAA